AUGACUGCCGAGGCAAAGAUUCCCGCCUCUCUGGAGGAAGAAACCGCCAUCCGAAGGCUUGACGAAAGGACAUUUGCAGCCAAUCUCUCGCCCAGCUUCUGCAUAGGCGCCGUCCCCAAUGGCGGCUACGUUGCCUCCGUCUUCCUGCGUGUAGCAAAAGAAUAUCUCGCACACAAGAACCUCACAGACACAAUCACCGCCCACUGGGAGUUUCUCAACCGCACCAUCUCCGGCCCAGCCGUUCUCGUCGUCGAGGAAGUAAAGCCAGGCCGCUCCAUCUCCGUGCUGCACAUUACGCUCUACCAAGGCAAUCCACUAUCCCAAGCGCCAUGGAUAUCGACGGGCUCGAGCAUCGCCGCGGAAAACGGCAUCAGCCUGCCCACGGGAUGGUCGCUGCAGCCUCGGUUGUCGCCGCCGGCUGACUUUGACAAGAUGCUCGCCAACAAGGAUCCGGAAUGGGGAGCCCUGGAUCUUGUGAUUCAGCGGAGAGUUACGGCCGUACAGCAGCUUCGCUUCUUUUACAACCGCGCAGCUUUUGCGAAAUCAGGAACUGACUCUUCUUUUGACCUGUGGAUGUGUACCAGCAACGGCGAGCCAUUGAAGGCUACAUCCCUCGGCUUCGUCGUCGACUGCACGGCGGCUUUCAUCCCCGAGCUACACCGUCCUCGAUCCAAGGACGAUCCUCCCGUUGCGGGAGGCGAAUUCACGCGCAAGACUGCGUUGUGGUAUCCUACAUUGGCUAUGAACCUAGAGGUGAAAAAGGCGUUGCCGGCGGAGGGCGAGCGGUGGCUGUUUGUGCGAACAUCGGCGAAGCAGAUUUACAACGGUCGGUUUGACGUCGAGGUUAUUGUCUUUGAUAGAGCGGGUGAUUUGGUUGCUUUGAGUCAUCAUGUGGCCAUGUUGGUCAACUCUGAAAAGAACACAGCCAAAAGGGCUCCGUUGGCGGGAAUUACAUACAAGAUGUGA